GAAGCCCGGCGGAGCAGGCUCGGCCACAUCGCGGCCGCGCGGGCACAGUCGCCCAGCCGAGUGCGGACCGUGCGCCGCCUUUGUCCGCCGGUGGCAGCUGGUCUCGCGGCCGCCGCCCCGCGAUGGCCCCGCAGCAAGGCCGGCCGGCGCUGCCCGCCCGCUGCGAGCCGCCGGCGGCGCCGCCGGUACCGCCUCGCCGAGAGCGCGGGGGGCGCGGGGCGCGCGGGCCCGGGGUGUCCGGGGGUCGGGGGCGCGCGGGCGGCGCCGAGGGACGCGGCGUCAAGUGCGUGCUGGUCGGCGACGGCGCGGUGGGCAAGACCAGCUUGGUGGUCAGCUACACCACUAACGGCUACCCCACCGAGUACAUCCCCACGGCCUUCGACAACUUCUCGGCCGUGGUGUCAGUAGAUGGGCGGCCUGUGAGACUCCAGCUCUGUGACACUGCAGGACAGGAUGAGUUUGACAAGCUGAGGCCCCUCUGCUACACCAACACAGACAUCUUCCUGCUGUGCUUCAGCGUGGUGAGUCCCACAUCGUUCCAGAACGUGGGCGAGAAGUGGGUUCCAGAGAUUCGACGUCACUGCCCGAAGGCCCCCAUCAUCCUGGUCGGGACACAGUCGGACCUCAGAGAAGACGUCAAAGUGCUCAUAGAACUGGACAAGUGCAAAGAGAAGCCAGUGCCCGAAGAGGCGGCAAAGCUGUGCGCGGAGGAAGUCAAAGCCGUCUCCUACAUUGAGUGCUCAGCGUUAACUCAGAAAAACCUCAAGGAGGUUUUCGACGCCGCCAUUGUUGCUGGUAUCCAGCACUCAGACUCCCAGCUACAGCCAAAGAAGUCUAAAAGCAGGACCCCGGAUAAGGUGCGGGACUUGUCCAAGUCUUGGUGGAGGAAGUAUUGCUGCCUGGCCUGACUCUCGCAGAUAGCAGGUGUUUAAGCUGCAACAGCGGUCAUAGGAUGAGCCCUCAAAGCACCCCCUUCCGCCCUUAACUUCCUGUGUGUGGGAGCUUAGGGCUGAGAUUCAUAUGCAAAAUACGUUUAAAAAAAUUGAAAGUUAAAUUUUUUUUUUUUCUCUUCUGUAAGUCUGGGAACUUAGAGUUGUAGACCUCUGGAUUAAUUUAUAUUCCAUAUGAAAAGGGCUCUUCAAAGCAGGCUGUCAGCAUGAAGUUCUGCUGUGUUUUACAGGACAAAGGAGAAUGAAUGGGACCUUCUCCUGAUUAAGGGCUACUGAGGGCUCAGCGCAGGACACGCGCGCGCGUGACACCAGACUUGGUGAGAAUAAGCGUGAGCUUUGAAACCACACGCGCCAUCCCCGGUUUUGUAAGGGCAAAAAUCUGAAAACAGCGAGGACCUUCUGCUUACGAAACCUCGUGCCCAUCCCUUCUGUUUACUCAGAUUCCCUUAGGAUUUUAAAACAACCAAAACAUCCCACAGCCUACUGGCAUUGUGUUGAUGAACAGUACACUUGCUUGUUACUUUUUUUUUUUUUUUUUUUUAACUCAUGUGACCAGUUAUGUUGCUAUGAAAAUGGUGGAGAUGCCUCUUGUAAGGUGAGUGCUGGGAGCACAUCUGACAUUUUAUUCAGGGAGCAACUCGUGGUGAGACCAGAGAGGGCUCUUAGCUUGCAGGACUGGCUUCUGCAGGGCAUCUGUGUCCUGCUGUUGAAAGCAGGAGGAGGUGCUUGUCUGGGGGCUUUAAGUGUGCUGGGCUCAUAUCAUCCCAUUUGCAAGGAAUUGGGCCACCUUGAGAGCCAUAGUCGAUGGCUGUCGUUCACACACACACACACACACACACACAUGGUUUGCUGAUAUAACCCUGAGCCCNCCCNCCCCCCCCCCCAAGCAUGGUUGCAAGUGUCAGGGCACCACACCUUCCUCUUCUUGACAUUUCUUUGAACAGACAUCAUUUUGUAGGAUCUUAAUUUAUACACUUUUUUUCAGGUCAUACAAUGUGGGAUGAACAUACUUUGAACCCCAGUGCCUUCAGGGUCUAGUGACUAGGGAGGCACUGUCUUAGGGGACAGGUAUGUGCAAGGCCUUACCCACCAGCGGCUUCUCACAGCAGGUCAUGUUUGUGGCACUUGUCCUUUAAGGUGAGGGUCUUAUGACUGACUGUUCUGAGACAGCCCUGUGUCAGGAAAGCUCUUUCACAGGAUUGUAGGUACUUCCAAGACGCCAUAGGAACCAGACAGUGAAUCACCGCUAUCAGUUUGCUAUGGGCAAGGAACCUCUUUUUGGCCACCUGGUAACACAAUUUUCUGUCUGUGAAUUUUUUUCUUACUAUUUAAACAAAUCAAUCUUACAUUUUUCUGUAGAAAAAAAAAAAAAAACAAGUAAAAGAACAGGCUGUAUUUCAGGUCAAAGGCUUCUUCCUGCUGGUAAAUGGGACUGAAGACUUUCUUACGUCAUUAUUAAAAGGCUAAUUGCUGACCCACUAGAGUAUGUGAACUGUUUGUGAAUGAUAUUAGCCAUAGUCUCCUGAGGUGUUUCCUUGUGGCCUGAGUGGUAACAUUGUUUCACUUAUGGAGAUGCUUGUAACUGACCUAGUGACUCAGCUUAUCCUGUUGUGCAUGGCUGUCUGGAAAGCCCGCCUACAAGUGGGGCUUUGCCUGCCCUGUGUACAGAGGGUGGGUGGGAGAAGAGUGAAUUAUUUAAUUUUAAAUGUUAUAAUAAAGCCAAUGUAGUUGAGACCAAGGAAAUGAGCAUUGAGAACACAAACUUGAAGUCUGGUGCCAGGGCUGUUGGACCUCACUCCCUGUCUCUGAGCCACCGGGAAGUGACAUAAAGGACGCUGUGAUCAAUUUCUGGACGGUCUUCUGGCUUGCGUACCACUGGAGUAUUUAUGCCACAAAUCUAGUGGGUUGACGCUGCCCUGCAAAUUUUCAAUGUCCCUGCAUCCUAUGGAGUCAUAAUGUCUGACUGUACUGGAGGUUUUCCUGCAUUUUUUACUUUUUGAAAAUAGAGGUUUGGGUUGAGAAUUCUAAAUGCAUGUGCCUGGGUGGGAUGUCAAGUCAGGUUCUCUUCAAAGCUGAGAAGUGGCUGGAAUGUUCAGCUUGGUGUCUGGGGAGGAUUCUGUGAGCUGUGUGGAGAGGUGGCUCUUCAGCCUGCCUAUGUGUGGGCCGAAGAACCUGAAAAAAACACACAGUAGCAGGCUCCGAAAUCGUCACCUCAAGCACGUGUGCAAGCAAACUUCCGAUAACUCCGUUCUCUGCUCGACAGACGUGUGAGCAGCUACCCAGAAGUCUCAAGCCAAAAGGGGAGCCCCGAUCGCUCCUCUGCAGGUGCCUUACCAACGUGUGCUCUUCUCUUUUCCCGUGUCAAAGAUGUUGGACAGGAUCUUGUACUUGAAAAAAUGCUACAAAUGAGUUACUAUGAAAUAAAUUCUGACCUGUGGA